CGGUAUGUUUCUGGAAAGGAAAUGCAGACUGUUUCUGAGAUUGCUUUCGAUUUCAUUGCUUUUUACAACCAGGAAGCCUGCACAGCCAUGGCGGGCAAGAGGACACAUGAAAGAGAUCCAAUCUACAAGAUCAAGGGUUUGGCCAAGAAUGUGUUGGAUGGGGUUUUUGAUGACUUGGUGGAGAAGAAUGUGUUAAAUGGAGAUGAGUUACUCAGAAUAGGGGAAGGUGUGCGCUUCCUUCUGAACAACGCUGAGAACCUGGCUGAGAACAUCUUUGAGAAAACAGAAAUGGCAGGCAAAAUAUUUGCAGGCCACAUUGUCAACUCCAGGCAGCAGCUGAGACUAAAAUUUCAUUCUGAUGAUGAGGAUGAUGAAUCUCAGAAAAUAUCUAUAGCAUCUUCUCCAGCAGACUCCGAAAAUGGAAUUAAAGACAGAAAAGAUGAUGAACAAACUUUAUCAGAGCAGAUAUCCACUUUCUCUCUGACAGAAUUCACAAAAGAAAAAGAAGAUGAAGAAAUGAAGGACGAUGUUGGAGUGGCCCCUGCAUCACAUCCACUACUAACAGCUCCUCAGGAAAUCCAGAGCACAGAAGCCCAUGAUACACUGCAACUUUGUCCUCGAGAUCAAUUCUAUAAGAUGAAGACAGAAAUGGCAAAAGAGAUAUAUCCAGUGAUGGAGAAGGAAGGCCGAACACGCUUGGCUCUCAUCAUCUGCAACAAAAAGUUUGACUACCUCCUUGAUCGAGAUGAUGCUGAGGUUGAUAUUUUGAACAUGCAAGAGCUACUUCAAAACCUUGGAUACUCAGUGGUGCUAAAGGAGAACCUUACAGCUCAGGAGAUGGAGACAGAACUACGGAGGUUUGCCGGCCGGCCGGAGCACCAGUCCUCUGACAGCACCUUCCUGGUGUUCAUGUCCCAUGGCAUCCUGGAAGGAAUCUGCGGGGUGAAGCACAGAAACAGAGAGCCGGACGUUCUUCAUGAUGACACCAUCUUCACAAUUUUCAACAACUCUAACUGCAGGAGUCUGAGAAACAAACCCAAGAUCCUCAUCAUGCAGGCCUGCAGGGGCAGACAUAAUGGAAUUGUUUGGGUAUCCACAAGGAAAGGGAUAGCCACUGCUGAUACAGAUGAGGAGCGUGUGCUGAGCUGUAAAUGGAAUAGGUGCAUAACAAAGGCCCACGUGGAGAAAGACUUCAUUGCUUUCAAAUCUUCUACCCCACAUAAUAUUUCUUGGAAGGUGGGCAAGAAUGGCUCUCUCUUCAUCUCCAAACUCAUCGACUGCUUCAAGAAGUAUUGUUGGCGUUAUCAUUUGGAGGAAAUUUUUCGAAAAGUUCAACAUUCAUUUGAGGUCCCAGGUGAACUCACUCAGAUGCCCACCAUUGAGAGAGUAUCCAUGACACGGUAUUUCUACCUCUUCCCUGGGAAUUAACACAGGUAACACACAUGCAGUUUCCAACCAAGUAUUGCUGUGGGUAAGAAGAAAAGAAAAUACAAAGACUCCUGAAUUGUUAAAUGCAUAAAACCUUUCAAUUAGAUGUUAUAUAGACUAUCAUAAAUCUAGGUAAUUUUCCACAGGUUUUUCUUGAGGGGGGACUGAUAUGUAAACAUUUGCAUGAAAACUAUAGAUUAGUUUCCUCUUUUCAAAUCUUUACACAUUUUAUUAAAUCUCAUAUUCACAAUCUCUAUAAAAUGAGUGAAAGAGGAACAAAUCAAAGAGCACCUGGACAUGACCUUUUGGUAGGGUAGGAACCACUUACACUUAUAAACUAAUAAUUGGAAUUUACUCACAAAGCAGAUCUUAUCCACAAUGGAGUUGAGAAUCAAAGUGUCUCCUGUACAUAGGCAAGCUAAGAGUCAUAGUCCUAUAGGAACAAGAUAAGGGAGAAUGACGUCCACUGCUUACCUCUGUCAUACAUGGUUUCCAUGUCUAGUGGCUGUCUAGCAUUCCUUAUAAUUGGUUUGUUAGGAUAUACUUUACAAAUUUAGGUUAUUUAUACAUUUGUUAUAUUAAGUAUUUUUGUAAUAAAAAUAUCCUCAGACA